UGGGGGUUUGCUGCUCAGAUUUGCUUAGUCUCACUGAUUGCUCAGCCUGCAAUAGGGCUCCAUCUAGUGAGGUUUCAAUAAUAUGUCCUCCAUGUUUAUUUGUUUUUAUAUUUUUGUGUUUUUUUUGUUACGUUUGUUUUUUGUGUGUCCUCCAUAUUUAGAAGACAUAAGAUCCUAUAGCUUGUAUCUGGAAAUCUUUCCUGGAAAAAUUAGGACCAUAAACAGGACCUGAGUCUAUGGAAAUGUGGAGGGGCGUUUGUUAGAGCUAAACCCAGAAUGGAGAUGGUGGGUCUGAGUUUCCCACAAGAAAGGCCCCCAUCCAGUGAGGCUGCCUUUGAGGGAGGCUGCUGAGAAUGAGACAAUUGGUGACGACCAGAAUGCCUUCCCACUCGCCAGUGGGAAAAGAUGAUCACAGUGACAAGACCAAGGAGGGAAAGAAUGAGAGUAGCUGAGAAUCCUGCAUCCAGGAGAAUCCGGAAGGACAAGUUAGUGCCUCCAGAUGGACCCAGCAACUUAUGCUGAGUUGUUGAAAGAAUCCGGCAACCAAGUUUUUAAGAAUGGGAACUUCUCUUUGGCCAUCAGAAAGUACGAUGAAGCCAUCCAGGUUCUUCUGCAGUUAUACCAGUGGGGUUCUGGAGCCUGGGAUCCUGCUGGCCAGUACGGUGCCUGGGUUCCCCCCAGGGACUUGGCUGUGCUCCUGUGCAACAAGUCCAAUGCCUUUUACAACCUUGGGAAAUGGAACGAGGCAUUUGUGGCUGCCAAGGAGUGUCUCCAGUGGGAUCCAACCUACGUGAAGGGAUACUACCGCGCUGGUUACUCCUUGCUGCAGUUGCUCCAGCAUUACGAAGCUGCUCGCAUGUUCUUUGAGGGUCUUCAACUUCUGCAGGGCAGCAGCGAUCAGAGCCAGUUUGCUGAUUUCCUUGUGGGAGUCUUCACCACUAUGGGCAGUGACCCCAUUGUUUUGCAAAGUUUCUUGCCCUACUUUGAUCACAUUUUCACCAUUGGAUUCUCCACAGAAGUGUGGCAAUCGGUAAUAGAGAAGUUGGCAAAGAAAGGAUUAUGGCAUUCAUUUCUCCUUCUGUCAGCGAAAAAAGAUCGACUACCAAGAAAUAUCCACGUCCCAGAGUUAUCACUGAAAAGUCUCUUUGAGAAAUAUGUCUUCAUUGGACUUUAUGAGAAAAUGGAACAGGUGCCCAAGUUAGUCCAGUGGCUGAUCUCCAUUGGCGCGAGCAUCGAGACGAUAGGACCGUACCCUCUGCAUGCCCUCAUGCGACUCUGUAUCCAAGCAAGGGAAAACCAUCUGUUCAGGUGGUUGAUGGAGCAGCAGCCCGAAUGGAAAGGCCGCGUCAACCAGAAGGACCAGGAUGGCUGCACCGUCCUGCACGUGGUCGCCGCCCACUCCCCGGGAUACCUCAUCAAGCGACAAACAGAGGAUGUGCAGAUGCUCCUGCGUUUUGGGGCAGACCCCACCCUGCUAGAUCGACAGUCCCGGACCCCUGUGGAUGUCCUGAAGAGGAAUAAGAACUUUAAAGCCAUCGAGAAAAUCAAUAGUCACUUGGAAAAACUGGCUGCGUGUUCUAAGGACCUAUCAGGACUGAGCCAUGGCGAAGGACCCAGUAGCGAGAGCAACAUUUUCCGGGAGGCCUCUGCGCAGCUGGUGAAGUACCUGAACUCAGGAAACCGGUUGCUGCAUAAAAACUUUCUGAAGCAAGAUGUAGUCCAGAAGUUCUUGCGCCUCCUUUCUUCCCUGCAAGAGAUCCCUCCUGACCUGGUCUGUGACAUUAACCGCGACUGCGCCAACACCUUCGUCAAGUGUUUACUGGAGAAACAGAAAUGGCCCGAAGUGCUUCUGCUGCUGACCCGCAAAGUGAGCGGGGAGCCCCCGCUGGGAGACCGCCUCAUCAAGGACUGCGACUUCUCGGGCCUUGACCUCUGUGCCAUCAUCCCCCCGCUCAGCACCUGGGACCAGCGCCGGGUACAGCUCCUGGGCCGCCUGGUAGACGGUGGAGCCUUGCCCGAGGGCCUCCAGGACAGCCAGGCGAGGCCGCUAGCCGUGUGCCUACAACACCAGGACUUCGAGUUGGCUUUUCUGCUCCUGACCAAGGGUGCGGACCCCCGCGUCAUUUCUCUCACGGAAGGCGACACACCUCUGCAUGCAGCUCUCCACAUCUUUUUGGAUGUCAAUGCUGACAUCGGUUUUAACUUCCUCAACCACCUGCUGGAUCUCUUCUGGUCCAACCCCGCCAAAUUUGACUACCUCAACCCCAACACCCAGGACAGCAGCGGGAACACGCUGAUGCACCUGCUCUUCCAGAGGGGCAUGCUGAAGCGCAUGAAGAAGCUGCUAGACCUGCUCGCCAAGUUUGACAUCAACUUCAACCUGAAGAACAAAGAGGGCAAAGACGCACGGCACCGGAUUAAGAAGAACGCCCCUCUGCUCUUGGCCUGGAACAAAGCUGUGGCGGAGAGCCGGCGGAGGAGCCGGCAGGACCCCGCUGCCCACCUGGGGAAGUUCCCAAAGAAUGCUGUUCCUGGUCAGACGGCUCAGCUCAAGUCCCAGGUUCCAUCUGAUUCGCUGCUGUGCGGUGACCCUGACAGACCCCUGCCCGAAGGGGCCGUGGUUCCUGACAGCUGGGAGACUCUCUCGGACGCCCAGAUGGCGAGGCAGGAGUCUGGAGUGGCCAGGCCCUGUUCUCAGAGGGACCGCCUUGUGCAGCACAUCAUGCGCCUGAUCGAGAAGGUUGAACUGGACAUGUCCCUCCCGGAGGACUGUCCUCAGGACUCCAAGCCCCUGGAGAUAGGAGCUGUCACAGAAACGAAGAGGGAGGAGCUCCAGCGAACCCUGGGGGUGGGGGGCUCUGACUGUGGUGGAAACAGCCCUGCUGUCCCUGAGGCAGGGGGUGGACACGCUCAGGCGGGCCUCGGGACUUCACAGCUCACGCCCGCUGGUCACAGAGGCGGGGAGGACACUAGCGAUCAGGAUAGCUGUCAGGAGGUGGAGGCCUGCCUCCAGGACUUCGAGAACAUGACCUGGGAGAUCGAGUGUACCUCUGAGAUGCUGAAGAAGCUGUCCAGUAAGGUGAUGACCAAGGUCAUGAAGAAGAAAAUCAUCCUAACCAUCCAUCAGCUAGGGAACGGCGAGUGGACGCAGGGCCUGCAGAAGCGGCUGAAGCACCUGAAAGGAAACAUCCAGCUCUUCGAGGCCAAGCUGGACAAAGGGGCCCGGAUGCUAUGGGAGCUCGCCAUCGACUUCUCCCCUCGAUGCAGCGAGAACCCUGAGAAGAUAAUCACCACAGAGCGGAGCUCACACCCCAUGGAGAAGUCGGGGCGGGUCUACACAGAAAUCAUCCGGAUCUGGGACAUCGUCCUAGAUCAUGGCAAGCUAACGGACUCUAUCCGGGCUAUCUGCAGCGCCUACAACCGCGGCCUAUCCUGCAUCCUGCGGAAGAAGCUGAGGGGCAUCAACAAAGGCCAGGUGUCGGCCAACAUGAGAAUCCGAAAGCGGAUACCCCGCUGCUACGUGGAGGACACGGAGGCGGAGAAGGGCAGGGUGCCCGUGGAGCCCCAGUACUUCCCCCCGGCCAGCGCGGUGCAGACCGAGUACAACGUCAUGAAGUUCCACAGCUUCAGCUCCAACAUGGCCUUCAACAUCCUCAACGACAUGACGGCGACAGUGGAGUACCCGUUCCGGGUGGGCGAGCUCGAGUACGCCGUGAUCCAUCUCAACCCCCGGCCGCUGGAGCCCAUCAUCCUGAUCGGGCGGAGCGGCACCGGGAAGACGACGUGCUGCUUGUACCGGCUCUGGAAGAAAUUCCACAUCUACUGGGAGAAAGCUGAGCAGGCGGGAAGCCCGCUGCUGGCCAAGCAGGUCUGGCUGAAGAGAAGGUUGGAAGUGGAACCCAGAAAGGAGGGUCCCGGUGAGGAGGAGGAGGAGGAGAAGGAGGAGGACGAGGAAGAGGAAGGUUCCAUCGAAGUGGAGACAGUGGACAGUAUAGAUGAGGAGCAGGAGAGCGGAGCCUGUGCAGGGACAGCCAGUGAGGACCCUGGGGGGCCCAGCCAGGUGGCAGAAGUAUGUGCCCCAGAAGGUCCCCAGCAGCUGGAGCAUUUACACCAGAUCUUUGUGACCAAGAACCACGUGCUGUGCCAGGAGGUGCAGAGGAAUUUCAUUGAGCUUUCCAAGUCCGCCAAGGCCACCAGCCACUACAAACCCUUGGAACCCAAUGUCCACAAACUCCAGGACCUGAGGGACGAGAACUUCCCUCUGUUCGUCACUUCCAAGCAGCUGCUCCUCCUGCUUGAUGCUUCUCUGCCCAAACCAUUUUUUCUGAGAAAUGAAGAUGGCAGCUUAAAGAGAACCAUCGUUGGGUGGUCCACGCAGGAGGAGCUGACCAUCCCCAACUGGCAGGAGGAGGAGGAGGAGGCUGAGGGGGAUGGGGACAACGUCGAGGAGGAUAAGGUUGCAGAAACACGUUCGUGUGAUGUUGACCCCCGGGUGUACGUGACAUUUGAGGUGUUCACCAAUGAAAUAUGGCCCAGAAUGCACAAAGGGAAGACCUCCUACAACCCUGCACUGAUUUGGAAAGAAAUAAAAUCUUUUUUGAAGGGGUCUUUUGAGGCCCUCAGCAGCCCCGAGGGGAGACUCACGGAAGAAGAGUAUAAGAAAUUAGGGAGGAAGCGGUCCCCCAAUUUCAAGGAAGACCGGAGCGAGAUCUACAACCUCUUCUGCCUGUAUCAGCAGAUCAGGUCCCAGAAGGGCUAUUUUGACGAAGAGGAUGUUCUGUUCAACCUGUCCCGGAGGCUGUCGAAGCUCAAGGUGCUUCCGUGGUCCAUCCACGAGCUCUAUGGCGAUGAGAUUCAGGACUUCACGCAGGCUGAGCUCGCGCUGCUGAUGAAAUGCAUCAAUGACCCCAAUGCCAUGUUCCUCACCGGGGACACGGCCCAGAGCAUCAUGAAGGGCGUGGCCUUCCGCUUCAGCGACCUGCGCUCUCUGUUCCACUACGCCAGCAGAAGCACCGGGGACAAGCAGUGUGCUGUCCGGAAGCCCAAGAAGAUCCACCAGCUGUACCAGAACUACAGGUCCCAUUCGGGAAUCCUCAAUCUGGCCUCAGGAGUAGUGGAUUUACUUCAGUUCUAUUUCCCAGAAUCUUUCGAUCGCCUUCCAAGGGAUUCUGGCCUCUUUGAUGGUCCCAAACCAACGGUCCUGGAGUCUUGUAGUGUAAGCGACUUAGCAAUUUUGCUCCGAGGGAACAAGAGGAAAACCCAGCCCAUUGAAUUUGGGGCCCACCAGGUGAUCCUUGUAGCCAAUGAAAUGGCAAAGGAGAAAAUUCCAGAAGAACUGGGGUUAGCGCUUGUGCUAACAGUUUAUGAAGCAAAAGGCUUAGAAUUUGAUGAUGUCCUCCUUUAUAACUUCUUUACGGAUUCCGAGGCUUACAAGGAAUGGAAGAUCAUUUCCUCGUUUACACCUUCAUCACCCGACUCCAGGGAGACAAGCGGGCCGCUGAUUGACGUGCCCCUGGACAAACCCAGCUCCUCUCAGGGUCGCUCUCUCGUGAAUCCAGAAAUGUACAAGCUCCUCAAUGGAGAGCUGAAGCAGCUGUACACAGCCAUCACCCGGGCUCGCGCCAAUCUCUGGAUCUUCGAUGAAAAUCCGGAGAAGCGGGCUCCUGCUUUUAAAUAUUUCAUUCGAAGAAAUUUUGUCCAAGUUGUGAAGACAGAUGAAAAUAAAGACUUCGAUGAUAGCAUGUUUGUUAAGACCUCAACUGCUAAGGAGUGGAUCGCACAAGGGGAAUACUAUGCCAAACACCAGUGCUGGAAGGUUGCAGCCAAGUGUUACCAGAAAGGAGGUGCGUUUGAGAAGGAGAAACUGGCCCUGGCCCACAACACCGCCCUGAACAUGAAAUCCAAGAAAGUCAGCCCCAAGGAAAAGCAGAUGGAGUACUUGGAACUGGCUAAGACCUAUUUGGAAUGCAAUGAGCCAAAGCUGUCCCUGAAGUGUCUGAGCUACGCCAAGGAGUUCCAGCUCUCCGCUCAGCUGUGCGAGAGGCUGGGGAAGAUAAAAGAUGCCGCCUAUUUCUAUAAGCGAAGCCAGUGCUACCAAGAUGCUUUCAGAUGCUUUGAGCAGAUUCAGGAAUUUGAUCUAGCACUUAAAAUGUACUGUCAAGAGGAGCUCUAUGAAGAAGCUGCUGUUGCAGUGGAAAAGUAUGAAGCAAUGCUAAGGAGCAAGACCCUUCCCGUAUCCAAGCUCUCCUAUUCAGCCAGUCAGUUUUACUUAGAAGCUGCAGCAAAGUACCUGAGUGCAAAUAAGAUCAAGGAGAUGAUGGCUGUCCUCUCGAAGCUGGACGUGGACGACCAGCUGGUGUUCCUGAAGUCUCGGAAACGGCUCGCAGAGGCCGCAGACCUGCUGAACAGGGAAGGCCGGAGAGAAGAGGCUGCCAUGCUGAUGAAGCAACACGGCUUCCUGCUGGAGGCCGCCAAGCUCACUGCCGACAAGGACUUCCAGGCCUCGUGUCUGCUGGAGGCUGCCCGCCUCAAUGUGGCUAGGGACUCGGAUGUAGAACAUACCAAGGCCAUUUUGAGAGAAGCCCUGGAUCUCUGCUAUCAAACCAAUCAGCUGUUCGGCAUUGCUGAGGCCCAGUUCCUGCUGGGGGUGAUCCUGAAAGACUUUCAGAAUCUCAAGGAUGCCUUCUUCAAGUUCGACACUCUCAACCACUCGGCUGGCGUGGUGGAAGCGCUCUACGAAGCCACCAGCCACUGUGAGGCUGACCCUCAGAAGGUUCUGGCCUUGGCUCCAGGGGGCUUGGAAGUCCUCCUCAAUCUGGUCAGGGCCCUCAAAAGAGUGACCAACAACGCAGAGAAGGAUAUGGUCAAGUUUUGCUUUGAGUUUUUUGGGAUUUCUCAAGUGGAUGCCAAGUAUUGCCAGAUAGCUCAGAAUGACCCUGGACCCAUAUUAAAAAUAAUUUUUGACCUGGAUUUAAACUUGAAAGAGAAGAAAACAAAAGAUCAUUUCUUGAUAAUGACUGACCAAGUGAAACUGGCCCUAAACAAACACCUCUUUAGCAGGCUGUGUCAGAUCACGCAGAGCCUGCUGAGGAAGACCUACCCGGGCAUCUGCCUGCGGUUCAUUGUUGGCUUAAAAUGUGAGGAUGGAAACUGUGAAGAUUACCACAGGCCUCUGCGGCGUUGUGAGGCCAAGUGUUUGGUUCAGUCGAAAAUGCACCAGGUGGCCAUCAACGGGCUGCUUUUGGAAGCCAAGAAAGUAUUCCCUAAAAGCUUAGCUGAAGAACUUGAACAGAUCGAUUAUAUUCUGUCUGCAGAUAAGUAUGGCCAUUGCAAAUCCUUCCUGAGUGUAGUCUUCCCUAAACAUUUCCAUCAGCGAGUGUUGUCCGAAAACCCCAUGGCGUGCAAAGAGAUCCUCAAACCCAAUUACAAGUCCUUCCGGUCCUACAGGUUUGCUCUGAAGGAGUACAUCUACUUCCUGUUUCAAAACGAACGGGCGCGCAGCCGCCGGGAGUCCACCGACCUGUGGCUGAGCGCCAUGCAGGCCUUCCUGCUCUCGUCCAGCUACCCCGAGGAGUUCGGGAAGCUGCUCCACCAGGAGGAAGACAACUACCACCGGGAGCUCAAAGCUCUAGCGUUGGAGAAAGAGGAACGGGGCCGGGGCCGAGGCAGCAGGAUGAAAGGGAUAGAGGGGAAGUUCGGCAUGCUGGCACCCAACAAGGAUGACGAGAGCACCGAGAAGACCCACCUGUGCUUCAUCCGGCUGCUGGAGAAUUGCAUCGACCAGCUCUACGUGUAUAGGAACCCAGAAAACUACAAGAGGCUCUUUUUCCGUUUCAUGAACGUCCUGGUCAAGAGGUGCAAAGAGCCGCUCAUCCCCAGCAUUGGGAACACGGUGGCCCUGUUGGAGUUCCAGUUCGUCCACUGCGGGGUGGUCCUGGCCCGCCUCCGGAAGAGCGCCAUCCUGUGCCUCCCCAAAAGCUACAUCGCGCUCUUGCACUACUGGGAGUUUCUGUUCAGCAAGAGGGACAAGGAGUUCGGGGACGUGUUCUCCAUCAUUCAGGACUACAAACCGAAGGAUGUGACGAGAGCCAUUCAGGAUUUCCGGUUCCACCUCUCCUACCUCGUCAAGGUGCUGUGCGGCUACGAGAAUGUGAACUUCAACGUCCUGCUCGAUGCCUUCAGUGACAUUGACUGUGUGGUCUCCGGGGAGGCGGAGCGGACCCUGGUGCUGUGCUUGGUGAUGCUGGUGAAUGCCGAGGUGGUCCUGCAGCCGUUCUGCAAGUCGCUCCUGUACCGCCACUUCCAGGAGAUCGAGAAGAGGCUGCAGCUGAUGAGCGUCGACUACCCAGACCAGGUGCCUGAGAGGCUCCGGGACGUGGUGAAGCGGGUGCUGAUGGCGGCCGAUGUGAAGUCAGUGGCCGAGGCGCUGCAGGACCUGCUCUUUGAGCGCGAUGAAGAGUACCUGAUGGACUGCCACUGGCGAUGGGACAGCGGGCACACCAAAGGGGUCACGGUCCGCGGCCUCUAUCACGAGGAGGUCAAACUAAACCGCCUGCUCUGCGUGGACCCCGUGGGCUACUUUGCCGAACCAGAGUGUGAGUUUGGUCAGGAUGAGACGGAUGAGCUGGCCUUGGAAGACCGAGACCACCUCCUGGCCACCAUCCUGUCCCAGAAGCAGCGGAAGGCUUCCAUCCAGCGGAAGUUGAGGAGAGCAUGCCUGGUGGUGGCCCUGUGCAUCAGCUGGAAGAGGAGGGUGAGUGCCCAGAUGGGGUGUCCCAGGGAGGAGACCAGGGAGCCUGGGACCGGGAUCUUCAAAAAAGCCGACGUCGACAGGACCCAGUGCGACCUGUGCGGGGUGAAGUUCACCCGAAGUCCUGAGAACUAUUUCAGCCCCAGUAAAGCCUUUGAGGGAGAGACUUCAGAGGCGGUGGCCCUCUCCGAGGCUGAGCUGGGUGACAAGGAAGGUCGGGAGAGGAACAGCGAGUCUUAUGAGCAUCACAUCCACCUAGAAGGCCACCAGAGGCAGCAAAUGGCCUACCAGAAAUACUCUGAAUUUUUUCAUGAGAAGGUGGACCCGGCCAUUGACGAAGGCAAGCUGGUGGUGCAGGACAUCGAGCAGAGCGUGUGGAUUCGUAGUCACCUGGGCUCCAAGGAGCACAGCCUCAUGCUGCAGAGGAAGGUCCAGGAGAACAUCAGGAAGGUUUCAGACGCGGUGGAGGAUCUCUACAGGCAGAAGGCCUGGGCUGGCGCGAAGGAGGUGAUGACUCGACUGGUCAAUGUUCUGAUCCCGUCAGUCAAGGAUGCGAGGGAGUGGCUGAAGAAAACAGAGCUGCACCUGAAGGAGGAAGGAAUCGUUCAGGAAGAUGAAUAUGAAAAUGAAAUUGAGGACUUUGGUGAGCUCCGUCCUAGAAGGCGUUCACGGAAAUGUGGAAAGCAGAGAAAAUACUAGGAUCCACACAGCUGCUGCUGCCUAACCUUCAGAACAUUCCGUCCGGACUUAGAAUUCUGAGUGCUGGGGCAGAAGAGAAAAGAAUGUCAAUUAGCAUAAAAAAGUAGGGGAGUCUAGCAACCUCUUUGCUUUGUGAUAUUGCUCCUUCCAAGGUGGCUUAGGGUCUGACUGCUCCCUCCGAGCGGGACCUCUAGUGCUUUCCCAGUUCAGGCCUAGCAGUAUUAGCUCCCCUAAAACUCGUCAGAUGAGAGGAGCCAUCACUGAAGGGAACCUUGGGACUCCUCCCCCAAAUCCCCAAGUUCUCUGGCUCAAAACCAUCACGACAUGAGUCAGUAGGAGGGACACCCCUCACCUCAGAGUUGCCGCUUCCCUGGGCCGGGACAUCCCUCCAGGGAUUCCCUCAUCCCCUUCCACACGCUGCAACCAGGGCUGUGCGUGCCCAGGUCUGUGUGGGCCCUGCCACCGGCCUCUCCUGACCCCAAUCCAGUCUGGUCAUCUCCGGGCCUACUUGUAGCAUAGUUUGUUUCGUCAUAUAGGUUAGCCUUUUCUCUGUGGCAACUUUUCUGCCCCCCCUCCCCUGCCAUGCCCAGCUACAUGUGCAAGUCAUGGUUAGACUACCUCACAAUGUAGUCAAGAAUCCCCCCAUGUCCUUUGGGCGGCCAGGAUGGGGAUGAUGCUGAGGGCCUUCCAGCCUGCCUCGCCAAGGUGGCCCUCACUUCGCCUCGGCUGUGGGGUGACAUCUCUAAAAGUGUUUUGUGUGUAGCCGUGUAUGUCGUUUCCUUGGUUCUUCCUGGCAGCUUGUCAUUCUAGCUCAGGUUGAUAUUCUGAUGAGUUUUCUCCCACUGAGCUCACCACGUGGGACAGGGGCGGCCUGCAGCGAUGCAGGUUAGGAAGGUGGACAGAGUAGUAGGCCGGUCGUACAGUGCCAAUCCAUAGGGACUCAGCUGUGAAUCACUGCCCACGGCUGGGAGGCCCAUAAGAGGAGGGGGUGGCGUUGGUGUGCAGGAGGCAUUGCUCCCCCCACCCCGCUGGGCCAGCGGCCGUCAAUAGGGUUCCAUUCUGGAGGCCUUGGUGCCUCUCUCGAGAUCACUGCCCGCCGCUUCCCCAGCCCCUCAGCUGGGCUUGGAGCGGAAGGUCAGGCUCCCCCUCGGCCCUUCAUUGUUUUGUCAUCACAACGGAACCGACUUUCCACCCACGUCGUCGCUGCUGCUUUUGCUGCUCAUUGUUGUCACUGUCUUUCUAAAUGACUAUUUCCUCAAAAUGUUUAUGUUUCUAACUUUUAUUAGUUAUGUUUCUAAUUUUUAUUCUAGGUGUUUUUUAUAAACUUCACUUGCCAGAUAAACAACCCCAAUCAAAUCUUGCUGUAUUAUCACAUUUUAUAAAGUUAAAUCAUUUCUCUUA